AUGGGGCCUUACUGUCCCGACGGGCAAGUUUUAUUAAUUCCUUCAAUAGAGUCGGGGACUGUACAAACACAUGAGGUGAUCGGUGGUAAAGAAACAUCCCUCGAUUUUGUUUAUGAAGAAGCGGAGGAGAAUCACUAUCAUCUAGAAAGAGAGAUGAAUUUGACUGAGGGUCACCUUGUACCUCUUACAAAAGGCGAUAAAGACUGGCUCCAAGGGGCCCAAAAUGAAGGGAUAAGUUGGGCAUAUAUUCCCUUGGAAAUCCAGACAUCUUUCUUCGUUUCCAUUUUCCUUGUACUAUUACCCUUAUGUUUCAUAAUAAUCAAAGGGUACAACAAAUAUGCUAAGAGUAAGCAGAAAUUGCCACCAGGGCCGAGGAAGCUCCCACUGAUAGGGAACUUGCACCAACUGCUCUGCCUCGGAUCAUCUGAGUUCCAACCACAUGUUGCUCUGAGUAAAUUAGCAGCUAAGUACGGGCCUUUGAUGCACCUAAAGCUCGGUCAACGUUUGGUUCUUGUAGUUUCAUCUGCUGAAGUUUCCAGACAAUUUUUCAAAACACAUGAUCUCACUUUCUCUAACCGGCCAGAGCUUUUCGUUGGGAAGAUAAUGAUGUACGGUUUUUCUGAUAUGGCAUUCGCUCCAUACGGUGACUUCUGGAGACAGAUGCGCAAAAUUUGUAACUCGGAACUCCUUGGUCUGAAGAGGAUCCACUCGUUUUUUCCCAUGAUGUUUGACGAGGUGCGCGAUUUGGUUAAGUCAAUUGCAGCUGCACAAGUAGGGAAACCCAUUGACUUGAAUGAAAGACUGAGUUUGUUGCAAUUUGCUAUCACUUGUAAAGCUGCUGUUGGUAGGACGGCAUGUACAGAUCAGGAGUCAUUUUUAAUGGUAAUGAAAGAAUUCGUAAGCUUCGCAGGAAUAUUCAGUGCAGCGGAUCUUUUUCCUUCCUGGAAAAUAGUUCAAUUAAUUAGUGGCCCAAAGCGAAAAUUAACGAAAAUGCAUCAGAAGGCUUAUGAUAUUGUUGAACAAAUUAUACGUGAACAUGAAUUGAAGAGAUCAGGAACUGAUGGUGAUGGCAAGCAAAUAGAGGAAGAUAUUGUGGAUGUACUUCUUGGACUUAAGGAGAGCAAAGAUUUUCCGAUUCCUAUCACUAGAAAUGUUGUCAAAGCUACAGUGUUUAUUGUUCUUGUUGAUCAGCACGGGAUUCAGGGGCAGGAGUGCCUACACAAGAUUGACGUGGUGAAUCUAGAGGGGAGGGAACCACGUCAAUGUUCGGAGUUGUUUGUAGCCGGAACUUCAACCUCAGCAACAACCAUGCUAUGGGCUUUUUCAGAAUUGGCAAAGAAUCCGAAAAUGAUGAAGAAAGCACAAGCUGAAGUGAGAGAAGUCUUCAAGUUGGGAACAGAAAGGAUCAAUCAAAGUCACAUUCAAAAGCUAACGUACUUGAGAAUGGUAAUCAAGGAAACUCUAAGACUUCAUCCCUGGUCGGGCCCUCUUUCAUUCGCUAGAGAAUCCAGGGAGGAGAGUGAGAUCGACAGAUAUACAAUACCAAAUAAAAUGUUAGUGCUACUAAAUCUAUGGGCAAUUGGAAGAGAUCCAAAAUACUGGGAAAAUCCGGAAACAUUUGACCCAGAUAGGUUUGAUGGAAGUCCAAUUGAAAGCGUACCAACUCAUUUUGAGUACACGCCAUUUGGUGCAGGAAGGAGAAUAUGUCCAGGAAUAUCCUUUGGAAUGGCGAGUGUGGAAGUUUCCCUAGCAUUAUUGCUCUAUCAUUUUGAAUGGAAACUUUCCAAUGGGAUGAGUCCUCAAGAAUUAGAUAUGACCGAGAAAUUCAGUACCAGUCUUGAAAGAAAAACUAAGUUGUGCUUGAUUACCUCCCCUUACGUUCCUAUAAAUGGGACUAUGGAUUCGUACUAG